AUGAGUUCACUAUUUGGAAAUAAGAAUAAAGAAGUCAUAUUCAACUUUUGUUAAAAAAGUUAGGAAGAAGAUUAAGAUAUGUUUGCUGAUCAUGAAAUAUUGAUAGAUGAAUAGUUAUAAUGCUUUAAUUGCAACAAAUAUUUUGAUCCUACAAAAUAUGGAAUUGAUUUGUUAGAUGAAAUGGAUUUCAAUAAGAAUUUAGAUACUUUUUGUUGUGAAAACUGCUAUCUCAGUCUGCAUUUUCCUUUUUAUUAUUAAUUAGAUUUGCUUUUGAAAAUGAGUAAUUUAGAAGUAAACACUAAGUAUGAAUUUAAUCUAGUAUUGCAAGAAGAGUGCUAUUAAGACAGCUGUAUUUUAGGAGUAUUUUUGUCUAAAUAGAAUCUUAUCAACGUAUUUAAAAAAUAAACAGGAUCACAUAAUUUCAUUCUCAAUGUUAAAAUGAAUGGACAGGAUCCUAGCUAAGAGGGAAGCAAUUUUUUUGUUAUUGAUUCUGAUGAUUUGACAUAAAUGCAAAACACUUUAAACUUUGAGUGCUUAAAUUUUUCUUUCUAAAAAAGUUUCAUAAGCAACAUUAUUUUAAUGAAUGAUUAAUAAAAAUCAUAAUUAAAGACUGCCUCACCGAAUAUAAUAUCAGUAAUAUUGCAUUGUAGGAAAAUAAGAGUUAGUGCUUAUGUAGCUAAGCUAUUCAAAAAGAAGUUCUUUAACUGUCUUAAUCAUGAAAGUCUCUUUAAAGUCUUCGAAGAAUAAGAGUAAAAAUAUAAACAAAAAGAUUAAAUUCAAAAAAUCAAAUUAUAAACUAAGUAAAAUAGCUUAAGCACUAGUCAAAUACAUUAAAGCUCUACUUUAAAUGAAAUUUAGCCAUCCUAACUUUAAACACAUAAAGAAACAUCAAACAUUAGUCAGAGUUCAUAAUUAAAUAAAGAUUUUUGUGAAAAAAAAGAGCUUACUGAAAUAUAUCUUAGAAUUAAAAAUUUUCAUCAAAUGUUUCCAUUUAUGUAUAAAAAUGAAAUGGUUGUUAAAAUGGAUGAUAAUGCUGUGAUUUAGUAUCCAGCAUUCACUUAUCAUCAUUCUCAUCCAUUUGAUUUGAGAGAUUAUUGCUAUCUAAAUUAAGUUAACCCUACUUGGCUGUGUCCUAUUUGUAAUAAGCACAAAAUUUUUUUAAAAGAAAUUUAGUUGGACUUCUAUUUAUUCGCUUUGAUUUAAACUCAGUACCUUAAAGAUUCAUAUAUUUCAGAUAAAAUUUAAUAAAUAUUACAAAGCAAACCAUAAUUUGAUUCUGAAUUCUUUAGCAAUCAAUUAAAAUAACUAAAUCUGCAUAGCAUGAAGGUAUUAGAACAAACCCAAUAGAGGACUUAGUCAAAUGAAAUAAAAAUUUAGCAAAAUUUAUCAAAUAAAUUAAAUUAAACAAAUAAAAAUUUCAUCUAAAUUUAUAAAAAAAGCAAUCAAUUAGGUCAAAAAGAAAAUAUCUUGAAAAACAGUACUAAAAUUAAAUAAUUUAAAUGUAAAAGCAGCAUAGAUUAAAAUACAAAUUAUGAGUAAAGAAAUCAUAAAAAUGGCAAUUAAAACUAAAAAAGUAAAACAUCAGAGUUUUUUAACGAGAAUCUGAAUUGUACAGACUUAUCAUAAGAUAAUUAUUUAGAUUUUAUCUAAGAUUUUGAUGAAUUUUAAUCUUUUUUAAAUCCGUAUUAGAAGUAGCAUUCUAUGAGGAACAGUAAGGAUAUCAGUGUUAGGCAUAACAUGGAUUAAGCAAAUUUAAUUGAUGAGAUGAGUAUUUUAAAUAUUUAAUGUAAUGAAAUUGCCUCUUAAAAAAGUUCCACUAGAGUGUAUUCGAAGCUAGUAAAUAAAUCUAAAUCAAAGACAAGUUCUUCAAAUAAAGAAGAAAAACAAAAACAAAAUGAUGCUUUUAAAGAAAAUUAAAUUGAUAUAGAAUAGUCAGGUUAAAUAAUAGAAGAAAAAGUUCAAGAAAAACCAUCCUUAAAUGACUAAAUAGAUGCAAAUAAAAAUAUAUAAUUCAGCUAAUAAAUUGAAAGCUUUUCUGAUUUGAGUUAAAAAUUUAUUUCAUAAUAAAAAGAGGAGAGAACUCUUGAGGUUGCUAAUCAAUUCUAUCUAGACACAUCAUUUUUACGGUCUCCAUUAGAAAUUAAUGUUCUGUUUGAUGUUUCUUACUUGCAAUUUAAUAAAGAAGAAUAAGAAUAUUAAUCUGUUUAAUAAAUAAUACAAUUAAUUGACUUUUAAGAAGAUAAAUAAAUGUUAGAAAAGCUAUUUAAUAUAGAUAUUCUUUAAAAUCAUUACUUUAUCUUUAACAUAUUUAAUCUUUCUUAUGUUAAUAAUCGUCAAUACUAAGAUUUACACACUAUUCUCAACCAAAAUCCUUCAACAAAAACAUUCUUUUAAGUUCUGAUUAAUGUUUAAGAACAAUUUAUUAACCUUGGUAUGUCAUCUGAAUUUUACACUCUAAUAUCUUAAUUUUAUUAUAAAGUAAUGUCAAACAAAUAGAGGAAUAACAAAAUCUCUUAUGAUUUGUUAGACUCAGAAAGUUAAAUAACAAGCUUAAACUACAGUCAAAAUAAAAAUUUUCUUGAAAAACUCAUCGAAUGCUUCCUAGGAAUGUCUAUAUUUAAAUAACUAUCAAAUGAAGAUGUUAUAGAAAAUUUUCAAUAAAUGGUAUUUGAGUAUCUAUUAUUUAAAUAAUAAAAUAUUCCAACUUUGAUAAAUAUUCACAAUAUAAUCAUAAACUACUUCCCAAAUUAAUGCUUAAAUCUUAUUGAAUCUAUUAAAAAAUCUCUUAACUCUUUGAAUAUUUGCAUUUGA